AGACAGACCAGACACGGACUCGGUGCUAAGUUAGUGCUGCCCCUGGCUGGCUGCGAUCCACAGCCCAACAGUGUCAUCUCCAGCAACCACCCAGCUUCACAUACAUUACCAGCGCCCACAACACAAUUGCAGCCCGUCUCUGCAGUGCGUCUUGUCGCCACCACUUCAGCAGUCCCUUGCACCGACGACCAAAGCUGCGUGCCAGCUGCCCAGCACCACCCGCCGCCAUGGCGUCCAACAGCAUGCACAACUUGACCACCCUCAUCAAGAGACUCGAGGCUGCCACGUCACGACUCGAGGACAUCGCCUCCUCCACGACCGAGCUCGCCCAGCCCGCCUCCCUCCCGGGCUCGUCCCCCGCCCCGUCCGCUCCCGCCUCGACACCCGCUCCCAAGGCCGCGCCGGUCGAGGAGCUGCCCGAGUCCAUCGAGGACUUCGACGCCUUCAUCGCUUCCUCCGUCACAAAGUAUGUCGACGCCAGCAACAAGCUCGGCGGCCUCAUCGCCGAACAGGCCGCAAAGGUCCUCGAGGGCUUCCAGAAGCAGCGCACCUUCCUUCUCAUCACCGCAAAGGCCAAGAAGCCCAACAUGAGCACCGAAGCCGCCCUCUACCAGUCCCUCAUCAAGCCCAUCCAGGAAGCGCUGGUCGCUGUCGGGGACAUCAAGGAGAACAACCGUGGCUCCUCCGACUUCGCCCAGCUGAGCGCAGUGGCCGAGGGCAUCAUGGUCCUCGCGUGGGUCACUCUGGACACCAAGCCAUUCAAGCACGUCGAGGAGUCGCUCGGCUCGGCGCAGUUCUUUGGCAACAGAGUGCUCAAGGAGCACAAGGACAAGAACCCGGACCAGGUCGCCUGGAUCCAGAGCUUCUACCAGGUGUUCAGAGAUCUCACAGAAUACGUCAAGCAGUACUUCCCCAACGGGAUCCCCUGGAACCCCAAGGGCCCCUCUGCGGCCGAGGUCGCCAAAUCGGUAUCGUCGUCUGGAUCUGCCGCGCCGCCGCCGCCCCCUCCUCCUGCCGCCGGGGGUCCUCCUCCGCCUCCUCCUCCUCCUGGUCCUCCGCCUGUCCUCCAGAUCAAGGAGCAGGCUGCGCCACCUGCAGCUGGAGGCGGUCUUGGUGCGGUCUUCAGCGAACUGAACAAGGGCGAUGCCGUCACAAAGGGAUUGCGCAAGGUCGACAAAUCGGAGAUGACACACAAGAACCCCUCGCUGAGGGCAGGCUCGGCUGUUGGUGAUUCAUCUAUCCGGGGGAAGAGCCCGGCUCCUGGCAAGAAGCCCAAGCCCGAGAGCAUGCGUGUCAAGAAGCCUCCCAAGAUGGAGCUCGAUGGCAACAAGUGGACGAUUGAAAAUUACGAGAAGCAUGCGGAGCCCAUUGAGAUCGAGGCAGAGAUGUCGCAUUCCAUCCUCAUCAGCCGCUGCUCGCAGACGACCAUUGUCAUCAAGGGCAAGGCCAACGCCAUCACCAUUGAGAACACACAGCGCCUGUCCCUGGUCAUUGACUCGCUCGUCUCCACCGUCGACGCCGUCAAGUCGUCCAACUUUGCCCUGCAGGUCAUGGGCACGCUCCCGACCAUCCUGCUCGACCAGCUCGACGGCGCCCAGAUCUACCUGAGCAAGGAGAGCUCGAGCACCCGCGUCUUCACGAGCAAGUCUUCUGGCGUCAACGUCAAUGUCAUUUCGGGUCCCGACGAUGACUACAAGGAGAUCCCGCUGCCCUACCAGAUCUGCUCGUACUACGACGAGAAGAAGGGCGACAUGGUCAACGAGAUUGUGGAGCAUGCCGGCUAGACGACUCGGCUGGGGAUGCGGAUCGCAUGCAGGGGAGGAAAGCAAUUUGGAUUUCAACACGGCAAGCUAGAAGAAAGUCAUCUUUUCUGUGCGGCAGUACAAAGAAGUGUAUAUAUGGUCAGAGGUGGUCUGUGAGAUAGACUUGUGUAGAUCUCAGAACAAGCAUGCGUGACAAGUCUGCAAAGAUGCUACUAGGUACUUGAAGUAGUUUUCCUAUAUAUCUGUGCAAAGUCAUCAAAGCUG